AGAAGCAGCAGCAAAAUAGCUAUCACAGAGUUUACCACAAUAAUAAUCAAAUCUUAUAAAAUAAAUAUGGGGAAAUUAUAUAUAAUCACAGCUAAAGUGACAUGCUGCCAACAUAUAACUGUGUAGCUUUAAAAUUAAAAUUGCUACAUCAACCAGCAUCUUUUAGCCUUUUGUGUGCAUUUAGCUGUGUUAAAUGAGGUUUUGUAUUUCACUGUGGGUUUUGGCAAGGCUUCAUAUGUUUGGACUUAAGUCAACAUCGGUUCCAGCUGAACAGUUCCUGUCAUUAACUUUGCUUUCAGAGGUUCAGGACACACUGGAUGUAUUUGAAGCAAAGUUGAUAUUUCAGUUGAUUGAAAUCAGCAGCUCUGUACCAGGUACUGAAGGGAAUCCAAGCAAGCCAUUGCCUGGCUCAUGGUGAAGGCUUAUAAAUAUAUGGGUGGUAUUUUCUUAGUGACUCAUCUAUCAAAGCAACGAGCCUCAGACUGUUCCGGGCAGCCAACCAAGAUGGACGUAAGCAUGCUUGAAGAGCAAUACGACUGUCUAAAACAGAAGCAAAAACUGCAGACACACAUUAUUGUGUUUAAAACAGGUGAGAAUGAGACAAUCUCAGGGGAAUCGAUGGUCAGUGCUGUUUUAAUUAACAAGAAAAUGAGGAAAGCAAAAGCAUUUAAAGAGCAUGCUCCUGUCAGAGAGGUUAGCCUUGAAUUGCCCUGCAGUGAGAAUAUACAAGAGAGUUCACCUUGGCGGAUACAUCUAGAGAUCCACCGUCUUGCACAUGGAGAACACCAGGAAGUUCCUUUGGGUGCUGUCCAAAAAAGCAAUGAACAGGUUAGCGCUGACAGUGAAAUACUGUCUCAGAAGGAGAGAGUGAUGACAUGUGAAGAAUUAUUAAAAGGAAGUGAACAAUCUGCUGGAAUACUCAGCGAACAGGAAAAUUUGAGCCCUGCUGAAACGACAGACAGUUCUUAUUCACAUUUGACCUCAGUUACUUCACCAGCUUGGACACACACUCAAAUUUCAGUCUCAAAAUUAGCACCGACAUCUAGUAAGCUACCCUAUUACCCUUUCCCUCAGAAGAAAACUCACAAGAUCUCUGAAGCUGCAAGAAGACUUGGGUUGUAUGUUUCACAGUGAGAGCAUCUCAUUAAGGAAGGAAGCCAAGUCUUGCUACGCACAGAGUCCCCUACACAGAAGCAGCUGCAUGUUCCUUCUGGUCACAUGUGCAACUACGAUCGGAUUCCAACACCUGUGGUCACAGGAAUUGCUGUGGUUGUAGCCAUGUAUAGCCAAUCUUAUACAAGUGUUACCCUGAGUGGGAAAGGAAAAACUGCUCAUAUAUAGGGGUGGGGACAGCUCAAGCUAUUUUAAACAUUUGGCUAAAAUAUUCUUUUGCCCCCAUCUCCUGUGUCAAGGGGCUUGUUCACAUUUGAGUAUUCUUUAGCUGUUAAUCCACUCCCCACACCUUUUGAAUUAGAUCAGAGUAGUCCACACCUGCUUUUGAAUUCAUCUUAA